AUGGAGAGGAAAAACAAGAUCAUGAAGCUUGGUUUUUUUGUGGCUUUUGCAGUUGCCGUGUUGUUAGUAAACUGCGUUCCAAUAAUUUUUUGUAUUAUCUUAAACUCAUUUAAUUUGCUUGUGUUGUCUUUCAUAAUUGGUCGAAAUUUCAAGGGCUAUAUUAGACUUCACAGAGAAAUAAACCGCCAAAAAAAUGAAAACUUAAUGGCAAAGAUUAGAAAUGGGUUUUCCAAGAAACCCUUUCAUUACACCCGUUCCAUCAGUUGUAUUGCAACCACAACAACUGAUUCAAGCAUUUCAGAGUACACAAAUUGUUCUUAUUCUCAAAAUAACCAGAAGAUGUCCGAUAAUAUUGUUGUGUCUUCACUUAAUAUGGAACUCAUGGAUUGCCCAAUAUGCUGUGAACCCUUUACAACUCCAAUUAUUCAGUGUGAAAAUGGGCAUGCAACAUGCAACGCAUGCUCGGAGAAGACUCAAAAGUGCCAUUCUUGCACCCUGCCUAUCAGAAGAAUGAGGAACCGGAUUCUUGAAGAUGUUGCUGACUCUUUGAGAGUUUGUUGCUCGUUCAAGAAUUAUGGAUGCCCAGCAACUGUUAGGUACCCCGAUAAGAUCAACCACGAAAAGUUAUGUUCUUUCAUAGAGUGCUCAUGCCCCAUUGAAGUUUGCAAUGUCAAGGGAACCUCUGAAAUGAUUUAUGCUCACUGUAAAGUGAUACAUAAAAAUUUUGUGAAGCCGUUUGUUUUUGGUCGUAAAUUCCCUGUUUCUGUCCGGCUGAAUGAUAAUUUCUUUAUUCUCCAAGAGGAAAACACAGACAUUGUGUUUGUUCUGAACAACACAAUGUGUUCUUAUGGGAAUAUUCUUACAAUCUGUUGUCUUGGACCGUUAGCAGCUGGAUGCUGCCCCUAUGAAAUUGAAGUGAAUGCCAACUCAAGUCACAAGUUUCACAGUACUACCCAGAACAUUCAAGGCACCGGCAAUUACUAUCGUUCUUUUUCAGGGUUCCUUCUUGAUAGUGACCACGAAUUUUUUGCUGACGGUAUGAUCAAGAUGGAGUUUUGUGUUUAUCGCGCACUGGAGCUUGCUUAA